AAAAAAUCGUUUCUUCUCGAGACACGGUCUUCCAUAUUCUCGCCAUUAGACGCACGACUAGAGUGAACACAGAUAUAUAUGGACUCUGACACCAGACCUCUUUAAUUAGCCCUACUCAAAAAUGGCGGUAGCCUAAGAAUCCCGGGCCAUAGGUCGGUUGUAACCCGGAAGUACUCUUCUAAAGGAGGGGGCGGUGAAGCAAUCCGGAAGUGGAUGUAAUGAAGAGGUGCCACUUGGCGGCCAUGGCAGCUGUAGUAUCGGUGGCUCCGGGUCGAGGCCCAGCGGAGUGGAGUAAUAUGGGCAGCACCGGGUAUAGGGCAGAGACAGCUUUGUAUCAGCUUCCCUGCUGAACCCCUAAGCCCAUCGUUAGAGACCUGCGGGACUCUUUGCCCGUUCUAGACUCGGAGGAGAGUUUGCCGGGACUGGUGGGCUGGUCCCAGCCUGGGGGAAGACUGCCCCGGGGACGUAGGGGCGCCGGGAGAACGAACAAGUCUGCUCGAGUUUUCCUUUUUCUUGCUGCCAUCUGGGACGUUGUCCGUGGAGGAAGUGGGCCCAUUGUGCCACCCCUCCGACGAUUGAAGAAAUCGCUCUUUUGCAUACCUUUAACCGUAAACCCCAGGGAAUCCAGUGACUGGCAUCUGAAAACGCAGGGGCCGGGACCUGAGAUUGAUGAAAGUUCUCUCUGGUGCUAAUAUCAGCAAAAAGGGGCUAGUUCCAGGCGCGUUCCAGAGAAAGGGGUUUCUGAACACAUCUAGUGGGGAGGACGGACGACCUGGAAAGUCCCCUUGUUCUGUUGGAAUCACUAUACGCGUUUAAGAACCUAAGGACCCUUUGAGGCCCCUGAAAAUUUGCAGUUCUGGUGGCGGUGGGCAAAUAAAGGAGGACAGAAUGGAUGAUUUCAUCUCCAUUAGUCUGCUCUCUCUGGCUAUGUUGGUGGGAUGUUACGUGGCUGGAAUCGUUCCCUUGGCUGUUAAUUUCUCUGAGGAACGACUAAAGCUGGUGACUGUUUUGGGUGCUGGCCUUCUCUGUGGAACUGCACUGGCAGUCAUCGUGCCUGAAGGAGUACAUGCACUUUAUGAAGAUAUUCUUGAGGGUAAACACCACCAAGUGAGUGAAACACAGAAUGUGAUUGCAUCAGACAAAGCAGCAGAAAUACCAGUUGCCCAUGAACAUGAGCACAGCCAUGACCACACACAGCUGCAUGCCUACAUUGGCGUUUCCCUUGUGCUGGGCUUCGUUUUCAUGUUGCUGGUAGACCAGAUUGGCAGCUCCCAUGUGCAUUCUACUGAUGAUCCAGAAACAGCAAGGCCCAGCAAUUCCAAAAUCACCACCACACUGGGUCUGGUCGUCCAUGCUGCAGCGGACGGUGUUGCCUUAGGAGCAGCAGCCUCUACUUCACAGACUAGCGUCCAAUUAAUUGUGUUUGUGGCAAUAAUGCUACAUAAGGCACCAGCUGCUUUUGGACUAGUUUCCUUCUUAAUGCAUGCUGGCCUAGAACGGAAUAGAAUCAGAAAACACUUACUGGUUUUUGCACUGGCAGCACCAGUUAUGUCCAUGGUGACAUACUUAGGACUAAGUAAGAGCAGUAAAGAAGCCCUUUCAGAGGUCAAUGCCACUGGAGUGGCCAUGCUUUUCUCUGCUGGGACAUUUCUUUAUGUUGCCACAGUACAUGUCCUCCCUGAGAGAGCCUGCCAUUCCAUCAAAUGGAGCAGCAGAGAUGGACUAGCGUCGAAGGAGGCGACUAGUAUUUCUUCUCAAGUUCUCCUUUGCAGAGUACCUGCCUCCAAUGCAGAGGAGCCAAGUUCUGGUAGGUUCAGGCCCACUCAGGCUUUCCUUUCAAGAACAGUCAGAUCCCAAAGUGUCUUUUGAAAUGAAAGGGUUUUAAUUUUAAGUGAAUUUGGAUAGUAACUGACAUCUUUGUAGUAAUCUUUUUAAAAGUAAGAUUACCAAAACCUAUGUUGUCCCUAUUUUUCUUUUUAAGUAUUUAUCUUAGCAGACUAGCAGUCCCUCUGGCAAAUCCUUGGUGUCCCUUGGGGAGUGCUAGGCCAGUGUCAUAUAAAUCCCUGUACCAGUGAAGAAAGUCAAGAUGUAUGACAAGUGGGAAGUGUUUGCCUCUUGAUUUAAAGCUUAUUGAAAUCAUGUCUCUUGUCUCUUCAUCUUUUCCAUGCUCUCCUCCUGUCUUUCCUCCCCCAGCCCCUCCUCCUUAUCUAUAAUUUGCUGCUUACUGCUGGUGGUGAUGUUAGUAUCUGUGUGAACUGAAUUCUCAUCAGGACAACCACUUCUUGAACUGUGAUGAUGAAGAUAACAUUGUCUCUGUUCUUUAUUCCUUCAAUGAAGUUACCUUUGUGUCAAAUGCAACUUUGUUAAGCCCUUAAAAUAUCACUUCCUCAUAUGUGAGAUGACACAAUCACUAAUAUUCUGGUCAUUUGAACAGUUGAGAUAGUAAAAGUGUUUAACAAACUGGGAUGAUUUUUCCAUAUUUGCCAAAAUCCCUGUAAACUUUGUGUUAUCAACUAAGUGUAUAAUACUGUCAUUAAUUUAUUUUGAUUUUCUGUACCAUUUCAAAACAUUAUAUAAAGAGGGAACCAAGACUAUUUUCUUCAGGGCAGUGGGUUUAGGAGUUCGUAAAAUGUUUUAUAUAGCGUAUAUGCCAGCAUGCCUUUAAUUUCUUUAUUUCCUUCCUAGAUUUGUCACUGGGUCAGCAGCUAUGGAAAUAGAACUUGCGAGCCCUCUGCUGGCUGUAGACCAAAGUAGCAUAAAUAGGAUCUGGUUUUGUAUAGUGGCUGGCAACCAUUGCAUAUGAUAUUAAAACCAACAAAGGUACAGUCUGGAAAGUCUAAGUGACUUUCCUGAUAACAACUCUGAGGAAUCACGGGGCUUUGUCUGAUCCUUUAAGAUGUCAUGGUUGGUUGCCUUGAUUCUCCCUGGAAAUGUACUUUGUUAAAUAAACAGUACAUCCUAGUGUCUGGUUUGGUGUGCGUAGCAGCACUUUCUCUCAUACUGUUGUGUGCAACAGUGAGAAAUUUGUUCUGCCGGCCAAAGCCUGUUUCAGCAGUGCCUUGCCAUUAUUAAAAGUUUGUCUAGAAUAUCUUGCUGGGGGUUGGGGCCGCUGGGCUUGCACUCUGGUGAGGAGGAUUGAACCAUCAAAUUUCCAAAUUCACCUUCCCCUCUGGACCUCGCAUUGACAGGCGAACCUUGUAAGGCCUCUCAGCUCUCAGAAGCUACAGGCUUUCCCAGUUUUUAAAGUUUCUGCCUCAGGAACUCCUUUCUCUCCUGGUCAGUGGGCAGAAAUAGCCAUACUAAUCUUAGAGGGCUCAAAUGCAGCUUCAGGCAGCAAGGGGCCGAGCAGCAUGACAGAGGCCUUCUUUAUUGCAGGAAGAACUUGCCCAUGGCGGGCAGUGUCCCGGCAGAGGGCACAGCAGUUGCCAGUUACUGGCACAUUUCAGUUCUGUUUUCCUCUUGUAUCUUCUGCCUCCUUAGAUGGAGAUGCCUUAAUGCUCUCACACAUUGGGCAGCAUUGGCAAUUCCUAAGUUGCUGCUGUGAUUACAGAUGGAAUUACUGGCUACCAAAGAGAUGCAGCUGAUGAUGAAGAGCAUGGCCCUUCCUUCCUCAUAGCCUGAGCUAGUCUUUAUUACAAUUUGACUCCGAUUUCCUUGGUAGGGACAGAUUUCUUCAGAUUCCGAACACACUCUGGCAAAUGAAGGUGAAAAACACUACUGGUCCACUCCCCUCCCUUUUUCUCCAGCCAAUUGCAUAUCAGACCCCAUUUCCCCGAAGCAGCGCUGUUCUAGGUCUUGUGGCUUUCCUGUACACGCUGUAGUUAGAUUUGUUUUAGGCACAGGCUCUGCACCGUGGAGUAUAGAUGGUUGGAAACAGUUGCCAUCUACAAAGGCUAUGUGUUUUCUCUUCCCCUGUCACCUUUUUUCCCUAUUCAAAACAGUUGAGUCAGCCCUGUUCUAUAUUUUGAAUCAUUAGAGAAAGGUCAAAGAUGGUCAUUUUGAGGGGUCAGUUCUUGGUAGAGAGUAGGCAAUGAAAUUAUGUUUUUUAUCAGCCUACUUGUGUCCCUGCCUUGGUUUUUCUCUUUUUCAAGGAUUAGAACUAGGGGGACACACCAGCUUUGGAGUAUUAUACCCCUCAGACCUGUGGUAGCUAGGUACUAAACAGGGAGCUGUCUACCAACAACACAAGCCCUUAGAAAAUGCUCUUGUCUAUAGGGCCCCUGUGCCCCUUGGGAGCUUGAAAAUAUUGGCCAGAUUCUUCUAAAACUGCUACAGUGGAAGGUGAUCUACAGGAGAACUAUCCUUGCAUUAGAAAAUCUCUACUCAAAACAAUAAUCCCAAGAGCACUAUUGGAGAUGCUAUCAAUGAUGGAGCCCCCCUCCUUUUACCUGAGACAUCUAGAUUCACCCCAGGAGACUUGAGGGAAAAUUGUGACUUGUAGGAAAGGACUAGACAACCAUUGGGAGUUCUCCAGAUAUGCUCAGCCUAACGCAAGGAAUUUGGCUUUGAUCUUUUUUUCUGAUAGCAUUUCUAGCAAGUUGGAAGUCUCAUGGGAUAAAACUGCAGUUCCCCUGGUUCAGUAGCUUGAACAGUGAUUUUAAAUGUCCCCUUUUCUGGAUCCUUUGUAAACAUGAAAUCAUUCCAUGGAUGGCUGCCUUAUAAUUUUGUCUUUCCACAUUAAUUGUGAAUGGUUAAAAAAAAUUUUUUUUGCUGUUUUCUGAUUUGUUUUAUGAUAUUAAAUUUUUAUUAGUGCAUACCUUA